AAUGUCAUGAAAAUCAAAGAAAAAUUGGAAUCUGAGAUGGCAACUCUUGAUGAUCAUCCAGAUAUCGACAAUUUGGAUAUCGGUGACAAUGUUGAUGAGUCGUCGGAAAGUGAAAUUGAUCGAUUGGAUUUGUAUUCCCCUGGUCUCGAUUCGCCGACAGAAAGGGGAGUCGCAAAAACGAAGAAAGAUGAAGAUCUUAUUUUAAAAAUUAUAAAACAGACAAGGACACUUGGUUCAAAUACAUUAGAACUGUGUGAUAAAAAAAUGUUGCAGAUUCCACGCGAACUGUUAGAGAUGAAUAACCUUGAGUACCUGUACCUAGAAGGAAACGAACUGACUAGUCUUCCGGACGAUUUUUUCGACUGCUUGCCACGACUAACAUGGCUCGAUCUCAGGAGGAACAAACUUUUACGAUUACCAAGCGUGUACACGGGUCGACACAAUCACCUCCGAACACUUCUUCUGGAAGGAAACAAACUCAGAAGUCUUCCCCUUGAACUAGGUUUAAUUAAGAGUUUAAAUGGUCUGAAUAUAAGCAACAACCCCAUUGAAUUUCCACCGAAAGACAUCAUGGAGAAAGGCACUGCAGAAAUCCUGAAAUUCCUACGAGAGAUGCUCCAGGCCAAGUCAUCCGGUCAACUCUUGAACGGUUCCCCAGGGAAUGGUAGCAGCAGUAGUUCUGACGACUGGGAUGAUGGAGAUGACCUUCAGGACUACGCCAAGCGGCGUCAGCGGACCCUGGCCCUCGACGACGCCAAGAGCACCACCACCAAGUCCUCGGACCCAUUUGGACCGGUGCCACAGCCAGUGGCUCUCCACCGCCCGGUCAGUUACACAGACAAAAAACAGGAGAAGGCGGAGAAAGUGCGCCGUGCGGGGGCGUCUGGAACUGUGGAAAGUGUUGAUUCUACAUACUUUGUGACAGAAGCUUUCAAUGAGGAGAAUAGUUUUCGACACAUGAUAGAGUCAGGCAGGAUGGACUCCCUGCGUCAAGUCUCCUUGAACAGAUGGAAGACAAGCUGCAGUCGUAAAAAGUCGGCCGCUAGCGUGAUGAACUGGAAAGUGAACCCCUACCCGGAACCCCCGCCCGAGGAAUAUGCCAACUUCAAGAUGACGGAGGAGCGCAAGCUGGCCAAGGUCAAAGAGCACAAACAGAAAACGGACGCCAUUAUCCAGAGGAGAAAAGAUGAUGAAGUGCUUAAAGACUGGCGAGUAAAAACAAAGAAAAUACAGCAAAAGAAGCACUACGAAAGUAUGGUGAAGGGAACGAAGGAUUAUACUGAUGCUGUUGAGAAAGCCCCCUUUGACAUCGACAAAAACCACAUGAAAAUUCCCACCAAUGAAGAGAGAAUUAAGGAAGAUGUAAAGAAUGCCCAUGAAAAGGUGCGCCGUGCCAUGUCACCGACCACUCGACAGCGAGUGGAGGAGGAAAAACAAACAAGGAUCAGGGAAUUAGAGAGGAGAAUCAAACAGCACACCUCGCUAAUGCACGAGAGACGGAAACUCCCCAAGGGAACCCCACAGGAAGAAAUGGAGGCCGCCAGAAGGGAGCUGGAAAUUGUGAAAUCACUGCAGAAAGACCUCUUGAAGCGCUAUCAGGAACUCAAAGCAUGGACCACAGAUUCAUUGGUCUCCAAAAAGUUUCCUCAUGCAUUUGGUAAAAUACAUAAUUUGAAAUGUGGUAAUAUCAUUAUAGAUGUAAACUGUGUCUGUCUUAGACCCAAGAGAGAGUGCAUGCACACUUAGAAAUUAGGAACAUGCAUGAGUUCUGGAGAUUACAGAAUGAGCUUCUGAUUCUUAAAGCAUCUCUACCAAACUUUAGCUCUCUUUUAAAAUGUCUUUCUUAAAUUCUUUCAAUGUGCCGUUGUCUUUUCCCUGUGAUAUUUAAAACAUUCAUGAUCAAUUAAGAGUCUUAAUUUCCUUGUUGUGAAAUGUAGAUGGUUUUUUAAAAGUUUGGUUGUUUUUUAAUUAUUUUUCUUUAAUAGACUUAGGAUUACAUGUAGUUAAAUUUGAUUGAGCUGAAGCACAUGCAUCCAUAGGCUAUUGAUUACAGAAGCAGUUACACAUUUAGUAAUGAUUACAUUUGUUGAAUAACAAGCCAGGUAUUAUUUAGGUCAUAAUAUUACCUGUAUAGUUUCAAAGUCUAUUCAAGGUCAGAUAAAAAUUGUCAAGGUCACUAGAUCAAAAAAUGGUCCAAGAGUUAUAUGGUUCUGUUCUUUUCUCCUGGAUUAAUCUGAUUGUUAUUAAAGUUCAUUUGAUGAAGUGCAAAUUCAUAAACUCUUGGUAUAGUAAUUACAUUUUUUUUCAACUAAAUUUCUCCAGUUUAGCAACUUAAGACUUCUAAGGCAAGACCAAUAGAAAUUUGGUAAUUUGCAAUGAAAUGAUACUAAUUAGGUUUUAUUUUUAGUAGUGGACAUUGAAGUAUUCUGCAUGAGUAGAGAGUAGCUGAUGUGUGUGAUAUAUAAUGCUGUUUUUGAGAAAAUUAAUUGUACUUCAUAGAAGACAUAGUUUUAUAAUCUCUUCUAUUCUAUUGACUCUGUUUUGAUGUUAUAUUAAAAAAUACGAAGUAGGAAAAAAAUCUGCUUAUAAUUGUUAAUGAUUGCCUCUGCUUUUAAUUGCAUCUAUGAAAGGAAUAUCUGAAUAUCCCUGUUCAGUCUGUUUGAUUCAGAAUUAUUUAAAUUAUUCAACAUUAGGUUUUGAUGUGUACUUUUUUUGCAUUAAAAGCUAGCUAGUACAUUUACAUAUAACUUUAUAUCGUUGAAUACAUAAUCAUAUAGUUAUACUUGUAGCAUAUAAUGAAAACCAUAUCUAGGACCCUUCUGUAAAAAAAAAAAAACCCAUAUUACUUAGAAAAUUAUUUAAUAUUGAUUUACAACUUCACAGCCUUUACUUUUCAUAACUUUGA